UUGUUUGUACAGGGAGUUAACGAACCGGUGAAUAUCGGAUGUGUGCUGAGCAUUGGGACGGGUCGCAUUCCUGAUGUGCCGAUCGAAGCGCUGAAUUUGGACAGCAGUAACCCUCUGGAUAUCUUGAAUACAUUCAAAAAUCUGGGACGGAUCAUCCUGGAGCAGGUUUCUGCGGCAGAAGGACGACCGGUCGACCGAUCAAAGGCCUGGUGCCAUCAGGCGAACAUUCCGUUUUUUCGUUUUUCUACGCCGAUGUCGAAGGACUUCCUGCUCGAUACCAAGGACGAUAAAGACCUUGUGCUGAUCAUGUGGGAGACGCUGGAAUACAUGUAUUCGCAGGUCACCAGUGUGUUGAGUUUAGUACGUUUAUUGGAGUUGACCGCUGGCAGUUGA